AAUCUGGCCAUCUGGCAGCACUGGUCAAAAGUGACACGGCGACAGCGAACUUGAAAGCGAAAGUUUACAAUUAGCGAUUGCUGGCGUCCAUUGCCGAACACAGGAGUCAGGAACUGGAGGAACCCAUUCGCCACGAUGUCGCACGCCAUCGACGAACUGCAGGCGAUCAUCGCCGAGCUAAAAACCGAGCUGGAGGAGCCAAAGCCCACCGGCAGCGUCGCCAACAACAGUCGCCUGGCACGCGAUCGCAUCGAUCGCAUGUCCGCCGAGGUGGUGGACUCCAAUCCCUACAGCCGCCUGAUGGCCCUGCAGCGGAUGAACAUCGUCAAGGACUACGAGCGCAUCCGCGACAAGGCGGUGGCCAUUGUGGGCGUGGGCGGCGUGGGAAGCGUCACCGCCGACAUGCUUACACGCUGCGGCAUUGGCAAACUGAUUCUCUUCGACUACGACAAAGUGGAGCUGGCCAACAUGAACCGGCUGUUCUUCACACCCGAUCAGGCGGGCCUUUCCAAAGUUGCGGCUGCAGCCGCCACGCUGAGCUUCAUCAAUCCGGACGUGGAGAUUGAGACGCACAACUACAAUAUCACAACGGUGGAGAACUUUGAUCGCUUCCUGGACACAAUAUCGCAGGGCGGACGGAUAGCUGGCCAGCCGGUGGAUCUGGUGCUCAGCUGUGUGGACAACUUUGAGGCACGAAUGGCCAUCAAUGCGGCGUGCAACGAGCGUAAUCUCAACUGGUUUGAGUCCGGCGUUUCGGAGAAUGCCGUCUCGGGGCACAUUCAGUUUAUCCGUCCUGGCGAUACCGCCUGUUUCGCUUGUGCGCCUCCCUUGGUGGUCGCCGAGAACAUCGACGAGAAGACGCUGAAAAGGGAGGGCGUGUGCGCCGCCUCGCUGCCCACAACUAUGGGCAUUACAGCUGGUUUCCUCGUCCAGAACGCCCUGAAGUAUCUGUUGAAUUUCGGCGAGGUCUCCGACUAUUUGGGCUACAAUGCCCUCAGCGACUUCUUCCCCAAGAUGACGCUCAAGCCGAAUCCGCAGUGCGAUGACAGGAACUGUAUAGUUCGGCAAAAGGAAUUCCAAGCCAGGCCCAAACCUGUGGUGAUUGAAGAGAAGCCAGUCAGCGAAGAGCCGCUGCAUGCCACCAACGAAUGGGGCAUUGAAUUGGUCGCCGAGGAUGCGCCAGAAAGUAAUCCAACGCCCACUGCAGCCCCAGUUGUGGGUGAAGGGCUAAAGCUCGCCUACGAAGCUCCUGAAAAGUCUAGCGAAACUUCAGAAGAAACCGUAACUACUGCUCCCGCGGACGAGACCAGUCUGGAAGACCUGAUGGCGCAAAUGAAGUCCAUGUGAAUUGAUUCCAUACUCUGUAUUUAUAGACACUUUUUGUAAAACACAUAUUUUUUUUUGUAUAAACUCCGCUUUGUUUUGUGUAAA